CCAGGGGAUUGCCCGAAUAGGAAGGGGCAGCACGUGGGGCGCGGGGAUCUCUCCGCGGAGCUCCCCCACGAAAGGCAUCACUUUCUUCGGCCAUGAUGGACCGUCUACAUCCCAUCCCGUCCAACGGGUGUUUUCCAUCGGUAACGGGAUAUGAGAAUUGUAUUUAUUCAACCUUUGAUCUCGUGGUCCUGAGAGUUGAACUAGGAAUUCCAAUUCAUCAACUCGAUUAGAUUGUCAUUGACUCGUUACCCCGCCUGGACCGCGCCAUGGCAAGGCUUGCGGAGUAUUCCUUGGCCACAGGAUGGCACUUCAAAGACAGCGAGGACAAGGCCCCUGAGGCUUGGAUGCCAGUUCCUUUAGUCCCCUCUGUUAUUCACCAGGAUCUCCAGGCGAACGGAAAGUUGAAAGACCCAUAUGUGGGAUUCAACGAACUAGCGGCCAGGUGGGUCAACGAGAAAUCAUGGGUAUACCGGAAAGUGAUACAGAAACCAGCUGUCCCUGCGGGAUCGGCAGUUGUACUGGCGUUUGAUGGACUGGAUACCUUUGCUACUGUCAAGCUGGACAGUAACGUGAUUCUGGAGAGCAAUAACAUGUUCCAAGGGCAUCGAGUGGACGUUACCACAGCUCUGGAAAAUGAGGGGGAACAUGUUCUGGAAAUUGAAUUCGACUGCGCCAUGUUGCGAGCCAGAGAGCUCCGGAAGCAGGAUUCCAAGCACAACUGGGCCUCGUUCAAUGGAGAUCCCGCCAGGAUGAGCGUUCGCAAAGCCCAAUACCACUGGGGCUGGGACUGGGGCCCAGUCUUAAUGACUGCGGGUAUCUGGCGAGAAGUGCGAUUAGAGGUUUACUAUGCAAGGCUCGCAGAUCUCUGGACGGCUGUCGAUCUGGACUCCAGUUAUCAGUCGGCUCAAAUAUCUGCGUUUGCAGAAUUGGAUGCUGCGCAAUUUAAUUCUACAUACAAGGUGAACUUCACUCUAAGUCUCCACGGCAAGGAAAUCGCCCGACAAGCUGCCAUUCCAGGAAACAAGGUCGCGAAGGUGACAUUCGAUGUCGACCAACCACAUCUAUGGUGGCCCCACGGCUAUGGAGAGCCCAAUCUUUACGAGAUCACGGCAUCGUUGGAGAAAGAUCAAAGCGAGAUUCAUAACCUUGUCAAAAAAAUCGGUAUCAGGACAGCUGAAGUCAUACAGCAGCCUGACAAGCACGGCAAAUCUUUCUUUUUCCGAAUCAACGGCACUGAUAUAUUCUGCGGUGGCUCGUGCUGGAUUCCCGCGGACAAUAUCCUCCCCAAUAUCAGCCCGGAACGGUAUCGAAAAUGGAUUGAAUUGAUGGUUGCGGGCCGUCAGGCCAUGGUCAGGGUCUGGGGUGGCGGUUGCUAUGAAGAUGACAGCUUCUACCAAGCUUGCGAUGAUUUGGGGGUUCUGGUGUGGCAAGAUUUCAUGUUCGGUUGCGGCAACUAUCCAACUUGGCCCGAGCUGCUAGAUUCCAUCGAACAAGAAGCAAUCUACAACGUGCGCCGGCUGCGACAUCACCCUUCCAUUGUGCUUUACGCCGGGAACAACGAGGACUACCAGGUGCAGGAGCAAGCAGGGCUCACAUAUAACUACGAGGACAAGAAUCCCGAGAACUGGUUGAAAACCGACUUCCCAGCGCGAUAUAUUUACGAAAAGCUUCUACCCUCUGUAGUUGAGAGUUUUUCUCCGAAGACCUUCUAUCAUCCAGGUAGUCCAUGGGGCGAUGGCAAGAUAACAUCCGAUCCUACGGUCGGUGACAUGCACCAGUGGAAUGUCUGGCAUGGAACACAAGAAAAGUACCAGAUCUUCGAUACGCUUGGCGGUCGGUUCAAUAGCGAGUUCGGAAUGGAAGCGUUUCCCCAUCUGUCCACGAUCGAGUACUUCGUUGAAAACGAAAAAGACAAAUACCCGCAGUCGCAUGUCCUUGACUUUCACAACAAGGCCGACGGACAUGAACGUCGAAUUGCUACAUAUCUCGUGGAAAACUUACGAGCGGCAAAUGAUCUAGAGACUUACAUCUACCUUACUCAAGUUGUCCAGGCUGAAACAAUGAUGUUCGGAUACCGAGGCUGGCGUCGUCAGUGGGGGGAUGAGAGGCAUUGCGGUGGUGCACUGCUCUGGCAACUUAAUGACUGCUGGCCAACCAUCUCAUGGGCCAUCGUGGACUACUUCCUGCGGCCCAAGCCCGCCUUCUACGCCGUGGCCCGGGUGCUGAAACAAGUAGCCAUCGGUGUGCGGCGAGAACACCAUGACUGGAGUGUAACCCAUGCUCAGCCUCCGAAGACAAGCAAGUAUGAGCUCUGGGUUGUUAGUGCGCUCCAGGAGGAGAUACCCGGGAAGGUGGAACUCCAGUUCGUAUCCGUGGAUACCGGCCUUGAGAUACGUGAGAGAAUAGUGCGCGACGUUCGCAUUGUACCCAAUGGGACUACCAACGUCGUUGAUGGCAUCAUUGAUCAUACUAUCGAUACAGAGCCACAUGUCCUCGCUGCUCGACUCUGGCUAGAUGGUGAGAUUGUCGCGCGAGACGUAGAUUGGCCCCAGCCUUUCAAGUAUCUUGAUUUUAGGGAUCGCGGUCUUGAGGUGACGAAGAUCAACGAAACAUCUGAUCAGCAGACGUUCAAGAUCAACACUCGGAAACCAGUCAAGUGCUUGGUAUUCGAGGAACGAGAUGGAACCACGUUCAGCGAUAGCGCCAUGGAUAUCGUACCUGGGGAUGAACAGACGGUCACUGUUAUAGGACUGAAGACGGCGACUCUGAGCUACAAGUUUCUAGGACAGUAGAAGUUCCAUUGCAUGGCCUGAAAUUACCGCGUGGAUCCAUAAAAAAAAACAUCAUGUGGACUGUUCAUUAUGACUGUAGACUGAGUGGCACUCUUGGUGGCGGAUGAGAAAGUGAAUCUGACCACGGCGGGUUUGGCUCCAAGAUAAGU